AUGCUGGACCUCUUCGCACCUAUUAAAUGCCUCCUGCAGGAGGAAUCCGUUCGUGUCGACAACGUCGUCUUCAGGCUGCACUCACGCGUCACCGUCCUCCUACUCCUCGUUUGCACGAUCCUCGUAACUGCCAAGCAGUACAUCGGCGAACCAAUUUCUUGCAUGACCGAUGCUUCCAUCGACAAAGAUCCCGUAAACGCGUAUUGCUGGAUCUACAGCACGUUCACGGUAUCCCGACACCUGAAGGGCAUUCCUGGACGAAGUGUAGCGAGUGCUGGCGUAGGACAGGCCCUUCCGGAUGACGAGGCCCGUCAUCAUCGAUAUUACCAAUGGGUCUGCUUCGUUCUCGGCUUACAAGCCAUCCUUUUUUACGUGCCGCGCGCGUUAUGGGGCAUUUGGGAGAGAGGCACCAUAGGCCUUCUUUCGCGAGAUCUCGCGUCCCCCUUUCUGAGAGAUGUCUGGACCGAGGAGAGGAAGCAGCAGCUCGUCGAGUAUUUCACCAAAACGAAUCUGCACGGUCACAACUUCUACGCGAUGCGCUUCUUUGUGUGUGAAUUCUUGAACUUCUUAAAUUCGAUAGGACAGAUAUAUCUGUUGGACAUAUUUCUGGAGGGGCAGUUUAGGCGAUAUGGGCCAUUGGUGACCGCAUUCGUCGCCGAGGAAAAUCCUCACGACAGGAUCGAUCCUAUGGCGCGAUUGUUUCCGAAGGUGACCAAGUGCACGAUUCACACAUUCGGACCCACAGGUUCCGUGCAAACUCACGAUGCUCUAUGCGUGCUCCCGCUGAACGUGGUGAACGAGAAGAUUUUCGUCGUUUUGUGGUUUUGGCUGGUGUUUCUCGCGGGCGUCGGUUGCCUGGCGGUAAUCUAUAGGAUUGUAGUUUUCUCUCAAACCUGGGCGAGGGUGUAUCUUCUGCGAAGUGCAGUUCGCAGGCUCGAGAAAUCUAAGGCCGAGCGUGUCGUACGAGUAUUCCACUUUGGCGAUUGGUUCUUGUUGCACCAACUUGCACAGAACGUCAAUCCUGUCGUGUACAUGGAGCUGGUUAACGAGAUAGCGAAAGCCCUCACGACCAAGAGUUUCGCGGACUUCAUCUAGAUCCUCAUUUUGACCUCGCCUAAGUAGCAUUACGCGGAAUUCAAUUUACGAAGCUCAAAAUGUCUUUGAAGAUAUAAACGUUCAAUAGAUAUUAAAUGUCUCACAACAAAAGAAAAGUUAAAUAUUUAAUAAAG